UGCAAGAACCCCGCCCCCCCUCGCCUUGCAGCAGCAGAGAGAGGGACCGGCCAGUUUGCUUUGCAAACAGCCCCAGGCCCACCCCAGAGCUGGGUGCAGGGGAGCCCAGGGGUGAAGAGGGGCCACACCCCCCACCCUUGCCACUCCCCUCUCUGCAGCUGGCGUGGCGCCAUGAUCCGGAUCCACGUGCUGGAGGGGGUGGCUCUCGUGUGGAGCGUGGAGGACGCCAGGGAGAUCCGUGAGCGGUUCCGGCUGGUGGGGACCCUGGUGGGGGCGCUGGCCCGCAAGCCCCGGCAGAACACCCGCCUGGGCCUCCCCCUGCAGCUGCUCCCCGAGGAGGCCCGGCUGCUUGCCGAGCUGGGCGCAGCCGUCCUGGUGAGGGGCACCGAGAUCCAGCCCCCGGCGGAGGGGGAGGAACCGACCCAGGCGUCCGAGGUGGAGGCCUACCAGCAGGAGCUGGAGGAGAGCUACCAGGAGCAGCAGCGCCUGGCUGGGGCAGAGAGGGGGGCCCUGCUGGCCCGGCUGGCUGAGCGCAUCGCCCAGGGCCGAGCCCGUCGCAGAGAGCAGCGCGGGGAGACGCCAGACACUGCGGAGGAUUCGGGGCUCCUGGAUUCGCCCUUCGUCCUGCCCCGGGGCUCCAUGAUGGUCCAGCUGCCCACGGCCCGGCGGCACCCGGGGCGGGUCGAGCGGGUGGACUGGACCUCCCCCUCCCCGGACUGGCCUCACGCCGGCUGCCCGGCCCACGAGGCCCGGUACCGCGUCUUCCGCGAGCUGUGGGGCAGGGGCUACUACCUGUCCGGAGGGAGCAAGUUUGGGGGAGACUUCCUUGUGUACCCAGGCGACCCCCUGCGGUUCCAUGCCCACUACAUCGCGCUGUGCUGCCCCCAGGGGGCCCCCCUCCCGCUCCGCACCCUGGUGGCAGCCGCCCGCCUGGGCACCGGCGUCAAGAAGACCCUGCUGCUCUGCUCGCCAGGCCCGAGCGGCGCCCUCGCCUUCACCUCUCUGCAGUGGAGCGGGCUGCAGUGACCCCUCCCGUGGGACAGCCAGGAACUGGACUGGUGGGGGGGCACAAUCUGCUCCCAACCAGGCACUGAGCACCCCUCCCCCCGGAACAAAGCCAGCCGGGGCAGGAGGGGACGCUGCUGGGGGGGGCUGCCGGCUCGGGGCUGAGCGGUGAACAAGGGAUGUUAAUAAAGACGAGGCAGCAGCAGAACUGGAAGGGUGGGGGAGCCUAGUGCCGGGCUAGCAGGGGGCUGGGGGUCGGGAGUGAGGGGCACCGGCAGGGCUGGGGGGGGCAGGGCAGCGAUAAGGAGGGGCUGUGGAUCGGGGGAGGCCUCAGGCAGAGCUGGGUCCCCCCCCAGAUUGACCAGACCCCAGUAGGUUAUAAACUUUUUUUCUUUAAUUAAAACUGAACUUGCCAGAAAA